UCCCCCAAAACUCCUCCUGGCUGGCGCCUUUUUCCCCUUUAUCUGCGAGAGACGAGACGCACGUGCUAUUUAUAGGACGCCGUUGGAAUAAGCUGCUCAACCUGCUGGUUUUGAAAAAGCAAAGCAAACAUGAGCGACAAGGGGACAGGCUCACCUAAGGAGAAGGAGGCUACAGAGAAGAGGGGGCGUGGAAGACCCCGUAAGCAGCCCCAGGUAAAAACCACUGACGAACCAAGUGGGUCCCCGACUCCAAAGAGGCCCAGAGGACGACCAAAGGGCAGCAAAAACAAGACCGCCACUAAGGGCAAAAAGGCGUCGGCAGCCCCGUCUGCAGUGGGGAAACGCAGGGGAAGACCUAAGAAGGAGGAGAGGGAAGAGAAAGCAUCCCAGGAAUCAUCUGAGGAGGAAGAGGAAGAGGACCAGUAAUUCACAACGCAUGCUACCUCACUCAACAUACUGACUUACUGUUAACCAGAACUGGGCUGUAUCUCCAACACCAGUGCCACCACAUGACCACUGUUCACGACAAAGCCCCCUUUGUGAAAAAGGAGGGUUAAACACAGUACAUAUAUCAUGCAACAGCACUGGAUAGACUGAUGGACCUUGCUCAAGCAUAGAUCUAAGAAUUACAAGACAGGUAACAGCCCUUUUCUCUACAUGUCAUGUAAUCACAAGUCUUUUAUACUGGACAAAGGUGUGCUCUAAGUAGCCUGGAUAUUUCCAUUUUUCCCCAUAAAGAUGGUUUGUAGGACAUUCUCCUCUGCUUAAUGUUACUUAUUUGUUGUACCCGCAUCUGAGAUGGUAGGGCCUAUAGAUUUUUUCUUUUUUUUUUUACUGGACAAAGGUUGAAUUUUACCUAUACUUGGUUUCUUUUUUUUCUUUUUUGUGUUCAUGUGAAGUGGUUAACUUUUGCAUCAUGUCAUUGAUGGAGUUGAGCUUCAGCAUUUAGGAUGGAAAUCCAUGGUAACUGAUGGCGUUAGUAUGUCUAAUCUGCAUGAAGGCGUUCACCGCGUCACACCAGUAGAGCAGAAUUGUCUUUACCACCCUCUUCCUGUAGGACAAGUAAGAUUUAGUUAUGCUCCUCAAAACAUCCUUCUCAGUCCUUUUGUGUAGUGGGGAAAUGUUAAAGUGUAUCAUUAGUCAUCAGUAUUGUUGGAUCAGACUUUACUGUGUUCUUCUGGGUUACAUACCAUUUAAAAGAAACAAAUGGUCUCCCAUUUGUGUGCUGCUUCAUUUUAUAAUAAAACUCAUAUCUCUUUUGG